UGAAUAACAUUGUCGUCAUUUCCGGUAUCAUGGCCACCAAAACAGUGGCAAGAAUUUGUCUGCUCGGUCCAAAACUUGGUUUCAUGGGUCCGCUGUAUCUCUGAAGCGCCACUCUGGCUUUCCGGAUCUUUAAGAUCCGACUAUGGUGCGGCACUUAGCACCAAUUUGUGCGUUUGCGUUAAAAUAUGGCAUUUGAAUCCAUGUUCGUCAGCAGUUGGUAGUUAGCCGUAAACUUUGGCUUGCAGAUUAGCACUAUGCAAAGAUAAGUUUAGCAAAAAAAAAAAAAGUUUCUGCAAAGGGCACCUAAUGGAGCAAACACUACUUAUUGUAAACCUGAAAGAAUUUAACUCCGAUUAUUACUGAUAUUACUCAUGGCUUGUAGUUCUGGUUCCAAUGCAAAAAUGUCCAGUCCAAAUGUCAGCACACCGGCGAUGGCGGUGACGCCAGACGCCGUGGAUCAGAAGACAAGCCCGGUGGUAUUUGAGAUUUACGGAAAGAUCUGGAACGUGCAGGCUCGUUUGGGUCAGGGGGUCUCGGCCUCGGUGUACCGGGUGAACGCCGGCCGAGCGAGUUCCGCAGUGAAGGAGUUUCAGGUGGACGCGCAGGGUGGAGAUUACGGGUACCUCAAGGAAAGCUCUGUGCUGGAGAAGAUUCAGGGACAUAAAAAUAUCGUGACGCUGUAUGGAAUGUUCACCAACCACAACCCAUUUGGUGUGGCCACUCAUUGCCUGUUGUUGGAGCUAUUGGAUGUGAGUGUGUCAGAAUUGCUGGUGAGGGUGAGUAAUCAGGGGCAUUCCAUGUGGUUGAUUCAGCACUGUGCCCGUGAUGUUUUGGAGGCCCUUAGCUUCCUGCACAGAGAAGGUUACGUACAUGCUGACCUCAAGCCCCGCAACAUUCUCUGGAGCGCUGAUGACGAGUGCUUUAAGCUCAUUGACUUCGGCCUUAGCUUUAAAGAGGGACACCAGGAUGUGAAGUACAUCCAGACAGAUGGAUACCGGGCACCUGAAGCAGAGCUGCAGAACUCAUUGGCCCAGGCAGGUCUGGAGAGCGACUCUGGCUGCACAGCUGCUGUGGACCUGUGGAGUCUGGGAAUCAUUCUUCUGGAGAUGUUCUCAGGAAUCAAACUGAAAGAAACUGUGAAGUCUCAGGAAUGGAAGGAUAACAGUUCUGCAAUAGUAGACCAUAUCUUUUCAAGCAAUGCUUUGGUUUACCCGGCUAUCCCUGUUUUUCAUUUAAGGGAUCUGAUCAAAAGUAUGCUUCACAAUGACCCAAAACUGAGAAGCACAGCUGAGGCAGCAUUAAUCAACCCUUUCUUCAGCAUUCCCUUUGCACCUCAUAUUGAAGAUUUGGUUCUUUUGCCUACACCUGUCUUGAGACUACUAAACGUAAUAGAUGACAGCCACCUGUAUAAUGAGGAUGAGUAUGAAGAUAUAAUAGAGGACAUGAAAGAAGAAUGUCAGAAGUAUGGCACAGUCGUAUCCUUAUUGAUCCCAAAAGAAAAUCCCGGCAAGGGACAGUUCUGUAGAUUCAUCAUUCGUAUCGUCUUGGCAGGUGUUUGUGGAGUAUGCAAAUGCUGGAGACUCCAAAGAAGCCCAGAGACUGCUAACAGGCCGAACGUUUGAUGGCAAGUUCGUGGUCACUACGUUUUAUCCACUGAGUGCCUAUAAGAGAGGUUACUUAUACCAAACUGUGCAGUAAGGCUGCACACACGCCUCCAUACAAAACAUGUAAAUUACAAUCAUGUGGCUGGUUUUAAACUCUUGAUCUGUGUAUUAAUCUAUAGUGCUACCUUUAAUAUUCACUUGUGUCACUAAGAACAACAUUGUUGUGAAUAUAGGCACACAUGCAAUUUACCUUAAGGAGAAACAUUUUAGUGCCUGCUUCCUACUUCCUUUUUUACUAAACGAUCACACCAUAAUAAGACAAUUACAUGUACCGUGUGAUAGCUGGUUGCCAGAGAUUCAAUACAUACGCUUCCAUACUUUGUCAUUUUGAUUAUUUAAUUUUUUUGUUGCAGUGAAAUUGCACUGCUUUGGUUUACACUGCCUUCUAAACAACACAUCAAUUCAGAGACUAGGUUUACAUGCUCUUUGAAUGUCUACGAUUCCAAAAAUGUGUAGUUUAUGUGGCCUGUUUUCUUCCGUUCUUUUCCGUUGAUAGUUUUAGUAAAGGUAUGUAGGUAUUUCCAGUAAUUAUGCACAUAUUUAUAAACUACUGGCAAAAUACACUGGCCUGCAUGCACUGUGGCGUGGUUAACAUUUAUGUUCAAGUUGACCAUGAAAGCUGUUUAACUGCUUUUAAACCGAAGAUGGAAAUCUGCAGAGAGAGCACAAAUAUGACAGAGUGGGUAGCCUUGUGCUACAGAUCAUUCUUAAGUGACUUUUUUUUUGCUUAUUCAGGGCUGACUGGAAUGAGACUCCAUGUCUAACAUAAAAGCCACAAUCUGUCUCAUCCAAAACCAAAUGUUUAUUGAACAAUGUAUUGUCGUUUUAGAAUUUUGAACUUGAAUUCCAAAGUAUAAUAUUAGUUUGAGUAUAAAUUGUCUAAAAACUCAUCAAAAGCACGUCAAGUGGACUUCUUCGGAAAAUACUCAAGUGUUAAAACAUGUGGUAUGUUGUGCAAAGCAACGUAACUCAUACCUUCAUAGCACACAUGUGAAGAUUCAGGAGCAAAUAAUCUACUCCAUAUCUUCAUUAAGCUGGACUGCCCUGAUUCAUUGAUAAAUAAUGCUGUUAUUGUGAGACUUGCUUGCUUUACUAUUAAAGAUACAGUAACACAACUAUGUUUCAGAAAGGCUUUUACCUCUUGUUAAAGCUGAAAUGCUUUCUAUAGAUAUGUUGAAGUCAGUUGUAUCAGCCAUAUUAAUGGAUUUUACUAUCUGUACAAUAAUGGUGAGUGAUUUUGAAGUCCUAACAUUAUUUAAAAGCUUUUCCAGUUGUGAUAGGUAUAGAGUUCCUGCUAUCAUUGUGUUUUCCAGUCAGUUUGUCUGUGAUUGCAUGAUGUUGAGUCUUUAAUAGUACUACACAGCUUUCUGACACAUGAGCAGUUGUUUGUAAGAGUGUUCUCAUUAGUUUCGUGAACAUCAGGUUGAGUGUUUUUCUUUCUACCGUCCAAUCAAUGCCAUAAUUUUCUCUAUACUGCAGUCUAGAAACAUGAUAUUCACUUCCAGGGCAGUGAGCUUUAAUAUUAGAAGUGUACAAGGCAAUGUGAGGAAAGAUCAGGCUGAUCUUCUAGAUGUAAGGUAAACUUAAAACAUGCUUUUUUGUGCAUUAGAUGGCAUUGUGGCCAAUAGUUGUUAUUUUUAGUCUCAUUUUGUUUUUUUGUUUUCUUUUUGAUAGGAGUGUUAUUGUAGGUAAAGGGCACUUUGGUUGAGCUGAUUUGCAUGUUCUUGCAUUGAGAGUGUGUGUCAUUCCAGAUCUGGGUAAUUUAUUUAAAUCUUGCGCUGAGCAUUGGAAAGAAGGUGUGAUUGAUCUAGAUUUUAUACACUCAUCUCUCUCACUCUUGCACAUUAAUGGUGACAUUUGAGAGAAUUAUGGAGAUGGUGAGCAAGAGAUCUUGGACUAUCAUGCCCAUAUGAAUCUAAAUUGCUGCCUUUAGUAAAUGUGACUCUGGGAUGGAAAGAUUCAGUUGAUGAAACAUUUGAGCUUGUCUAUGUUGAAAUGCACUGGGCGUUGGAUUGUGCUACUAAUUGUAGUUGUUACAUGUUUGGAGAAACUUUCUAAAUGCAAAGAGAGAAAUUGUAUGAGCUCAGAUGAGUGAGUGAAUGAAUGAAUGAAUGAAGUAGCCUACAAUACUGAUUUAUAGUAAGUAAACCAUUUCAUUGCCUUGCUUUAUUCCACUUCCUGUUUGAGCCAGAGAAUGCCUAUAGUGAACAAAUAAUUGGCUUUUACAGUGUUGGAUAAUAACAUAAUACAUAUACUCUGAAACAAGAAUUUCUAGUAUUAUAGGAAUAGUUCACCCAAAAAUGAAAAUUCUGUCAUGAAUUACUUGUAAGACCUUCACUCAUCUUCAGAAGACAAAUUAAGAUAUUUUUAUGAAAUUCAAGAGCUUUCUGACCCUGCAUAGACAGGGACCACGUUCAAGGCCAAGAAAGGUAGUAAGGACAUUGAUAAAAUAGUCCAUGUGACGUAAGUGGUUUAACCGCAGUGUUAUGAAACUACGAGAAUUCUUUUUGUGCACAAAAAGCUCAGAAAGCUCUCUGAUCUCAUCAAAAAUAUCUUAAUUUGUGUUCUGAAAAUGAACAAAGGUCUUACGGGUUUGGAACAGCAUGAGGGUGAGUAAUAAAUGACAGAAUUUUCAUUUUUGGGCGAAUUAUUCCUUUAAUUCCAAAAUUUAUAUUAUUAUCAUGCUAUGUAGUUUAUGAAACUACAUAGAAAUUUUUUUUGUUAUGUGAAUAGUGUAGGUCUAAUGUGAGUUAAGGAAAAUUGCUCAUAUGCAUCAGAACAUCUUUUUAACCAAUUGGAAGAUUCCAGCUUGACAAUCCAGUUGAUGUGAAGUCUUGGAUGAUGAAAAGAUUCGGAUGCAGUGAAGUGAAUAUUAGUGAAUUUUAGUUCAUUUAAAUGUGACAAUAGCAAUAGUCAAUUUAAGUGCAUUUGCACUGCCAUCCAUGCUUUAAUUAAACUCUUUAUUAAUAUAAAUCCACAAUAAAUUCUAAUUUAUCCAUUACUUUGUGCUCAAGCAAUAUCAUCAAAGCUGCUCAAAUAGAGCCCCGAGGCCCCUUCUAACACUUUGGAAAAGCACAAAGAUUUCUUUUCAUUAUUAACUACUGCAUAGAACCUGAGAUGGGUGUCUGUCAGGGAUCAUUUCAUGCUGCCUUAAUUUUUUUGUAUGCUGUAAUAAUGUCACAGUCAGUAAAUGCUAGACUGUGAGAAAAGUGCCAAAAUUGUUUCAAAGCCUUCUUUCUUCCCCCCCCCACCAGCAACCCUGGAGAAACACCCAAGGCUGCAGGGAAGCCAUAUAUAUAUAUUUAUCUUGAAUUGCAUUGAAAUAUCUUUAGAUGUGUCCAGAAACAUUAAAAUGCGUUCCAGUUGGAUACCAGAGAUCAUAUGAACAGUAAAGCACAGUGCUGGAGUUUGGCUGGCCUUUGUGUUUGUGUAGUGAAUAAUGAACCUCCCAAGAGAAAACACUGCAGGGUGUAACCACAGACAGACAUGGGAGUGAAAUGCUCUUUGGGCCUUAAUAACUCCAGAAAGGUUGGAGAACUAAAUGGCAGCUUGAACGUUGAGAAAGAUGUUGAGCUGCUGACUAGAGCAGACAUACUGAAAUUCUAAUCAGGAAUAGAGAAAAUGCAUUCAAACGUCUUUGUCUUCUACCUUCAUAUGAUCAUAAUUUCCUCUUUAAAAAUGCAUCGGCUUGUUUUCAAUACUGCAAUAAAGAAAGUACACUCAUACGUACCACGCAUAUCUCAUAGCAUGCAUGUGACCUUUGAAGGAAAAGGGCAAGAACUCACCUGAGAGUACAGUCAUUAAUAGAGAACUGUGAACUUAUAAGGCACUAAGGUGAUAAGUUGACAUGAAUAUAGAUAAUAAACUAUAAGGGUUAAGGUCAGAAACUGAAUAUGUGGCUUUGCUAAGGUGAAAAACAAUCAAGAAAGUCUCUUUUUUUUUUUUUUUUUUUUUUUUUUUUUUUCUGCAGUGGGUUGAAGAAUCAGAAGUUUAGAUGAUUGUUCAAAUCAUUUGUUAAUCUGAAAGCGGAGUAAACAGCCAAAGUGAUUUCAUGUGUGAUCUACUGUUUGCAGUGAAGUCGUGGUAACAUGCUGACUUAAAAAAAAAUAUGUAAUGCGUAUAGUAACAUGAUCAAAAGUGUUUACAGUACAUUUGUGGUACGCAAGUGCAUUAAUGGUUGAAGUGCAGGGUUUAUAGUUUCAAAGCAGUAAGGAUAAUGAUGUGAAUUCUGAUUAAAUGUCUCUCAAUGUUUUGUACGCAGAUUCCAUUUAUGAUGCUUCCCUUUAAAACAUGUUUUUGUGCUUUUCAUAUUAAAUCUUUGCCAAUUAUUUCAUUGUUGCCUACAAUAUGGAUUUUCAACAGUGAAAAUUCCCUCCAAAGAAUUAAAAAUGUUUUACGGUCUAACAGGUCCUGUACAUGAAAGAUAUUCUUUGGGUUAUGCAAAUCUGUUUUAAUCUCUUGUCAAAUUUUGAAUUUGACAAGAGAUUAAAAUGAGUAUAUUUAAAUAAAAAGUAUAGUUAAAGUAAAUAAUAAAUGAAUUAUGAAUUGGAGGUGUGGUGCCGACGGUCGGCAUUACUAUUAUUUUGCUCCAUAUUUGGACAAUCGUGUUCUUGUUUAACCUUCUUUGUUUGUGUCUUAUCCCUGUGGCUGAGAUGUGAUUGGGCGAAAGAUAAUUCUUUGUGAAGCUCUGCCUUAAAGUCCACAUAAUAUGUGGCAGGGAAACCAAAUCUACACUUGAAUUUGAAGAUGCUACAAAGUUUAAAAAUAAUCUAACAUUGAGUGUGAGGAUGAGUGUUUUCUGUAUUAGAGUAAAAAGAUGUUGUCGAUGUCAUUUGUAAAAUGAUCGUCCAUUAAGGAUCAUGGGAGACUGUGACUUAAGAGCUCUAGAUGGAAUGAAUAAUGUUCAUGUUUCUCACAAUAAAAUGUUAAUGUCUGUUA